AUGCCGCCCCGCUUCGCAAGCCUGAGAAGGCCCGUCGUCAUCGCCGCCGCCGCCGCAACUGGUGGUGUCGUCGCCUACUCGACCUUUCUCAGCGGCCGCGGAGCUCACAGCUUCGAUAAGCCGCUGGUUGAGCUCAAGCGUGACAACCAAGGCAAGAUCAUACCCCCCUCAUUCCCCAUCGCCAAGGAUCGCGCUUCUCAGCUGGCCGAUCUGCGCGCUCAUAGCUCCGACACCCACGAGUACGACCUGCUCGUCAUCGGCGGCGGCGCCACCGGCACCGGCAUCGCUCUUGAUGCCGUCACCCGCGGCCUGAAGGUCGCUCUCGUCGAGCGCGACGACUUCUCGGCCGGAACUUCGUCCAAGAGCACCAAGCUCGUCCACGGCGGUGUCCGUUACCUCGAAAAGGCCGUCUGGAACCUCGAUUACUCCCAGCUCGAGCUCGUCAUGGAGGCUCUCCACGAGCGCAAGACCUUCCUCAACGUCGCCCCCCACCUGUCCUCGUCUCUGCCCAUUCUCCUGCCCAUCCAGAAAUGGUGGCAGACCCCCUACUUCUGGGCCGGCACCAAGGCCUACGAUCUCCUCGCUGGUUCCCAGGGUCUCGAGAGCUCCUACUACGUCUCCACGAAGAAAGCCCUAGAGGCCUUCCCCAAGCUUCGCCGUGAUAACAUGGUCGGUGCUCUGGUCUACUACGACGGCCAGCACAAUGACUCUCGCAUGAACGUCUCUCUCGCCUUGACUGCUGCCCUCUAUGGCGCAACCGUCGUCAACCACGUCGAAGUCACCUCUCUGGAAAAGAACUCCCACGGCAAGAUCACCGGUGCCAAGGUCCGCGAUGUCAUGACUCCCGGCAGCGACUCCUUCACUGUCCGCGCCAAGGGUGUCAUCAACGCGACUGGCCCCUUCGCGGACGCCAUUGAGCGUAUGGACAACCCCGACCGCAAACCCAUCGUCGCCCCUGCUUCUGGCGCCCACAUCAUGCUGCCUGGUGACAUCUGCCCCAACGGAAUUGGUCUUCUCGACGCUGCUACCUCGGACGGUCGUGUUAUUUUCGUGCUGCCCUGGCAAGGAUACACUCUGGCUGGAACUACGGAUAACGCUGCUCCCGUCGAGCGUGAACCCGUCGCCCGCGAGGACGACAUCAAGUUCAUUCUGAAGGAGGUCAACAAGCUGAUGACCCCCGAUGCUGCCCUUACCCGCUCUGAUGUUCUCGCUGCCUGGUCUGGAAUCCGUCCCUUGGUCAAGGAUCCCAACGCGAAGAAUACCGAAUCCCUCGUCCGCUCCCACCUUGUUACCGUCUCCGACUCUGGCCUUCUUACAUGCGCCGGCGGCAAGUGGACCACCUACCGCCAGAUGGCCGAGGACGCCGUCGACGAGGCCAUCGCGACCUUCAAGCUCCAGCCCAAGCCCGUUACCCUGCCUGAUAUCUCCGGUGCUGGGCUCCCUGCCUUCACCACCACCGGCAAGUGCAUCACCACCAAUGUGCCUCUUGUCGGUGCCCACGGUUUCUCCAAGCACCUGCCUAGCCACCUUGCCUCACACUUCUCUCUCGACGCUGAUGUUGCCAACCAUUUGGCCCAUAACUACGGCGACCGCGCCUGGUCCGUCGCUGCUGCCUCUUCUGAGCGCAUCAUCCCUAACUUCCCCUUUGUCGUCGGCGAGAUCCGCCACGGUGUCCGCGCCGAGGCUGCUAUGACCGCCACCGACCUGAUCUCCCGCCGCACCCGUCUCGCCUUCCUGGAUGCCGAGUCCGCCCUCCGCGCCCUGCCCCAUGUCAUUGACGUCAUGGCUGAGGAGCUCGGCUGGAACGAGGCCCGCAAGAAGAAGGAGUGGACCCAGACGGUCCACUUCCUCCAGUCGAUGGGGUUGUCUGCCGACAAGCUCAACGUCACCCGCGAGGAGGUCCUGAGGAGCGGUGAUGCUAAGUCAGGGUACGCCCCAAAAGCCCAGACCGCCGCCUCCGCCAGCGGUUUCAAGACCGGCCUGGGUGACAUCCAGGCCGGCGGUGCUCUUGCAAGAAACAUCACCGAUGCAUAA